AUGCCCGGGGCAAACGCACUGAAGCGGUUGCGCUGGGUCGUGGAUAUCGAGGCCUGGCGUCCCAGCGAGGACGAGUGGAACUUCUACCUGCGCCAAGUACCUCUCCAAGAGCAGGAGGCCGUUCUCAAGUUCAAGAAGGAGGACGACCGGAAGCGCGCGCUGGUCUCUCGCCUGCUGCAGCGCUGCGCCUACUGCACGGUUCUUGGGCUCCCUGCUACGUCGCUCAACAUCUGCCGGACCAAGGGCCGCAAGCCCUUCCUGCGCGGCGCACCGGACCCCGCCACCGGCCGCGACCUCGCCCCCGAGGCCCGCCAGCGAGCCCAAGCCCCGAACUUCAACCUCAACAUCAGCCACGAGGGCGCCCUCGUGGUGCUGGCGUCGGAGCCGGUCUGCCUCGUCGGGGUCGACGUGGCCGCUCCGUGGCACCAGCGGCCCGGCAUCUCGCAGCGGGGCCACGGCGCGUCGGCCCUGAGAGCCACGUUCGAAAAGCAAUUGACAGAACAAGAGUGGCGCUCAGUCGAGGCUGCUGGUUCGCCGUCCGAGCAGGAGGUGAUGUUCCAGACGCUGUGGUCGCUCAAGGAGGCGUUCGUCAAGGCGCGCGGAGACGGCCUCGCGUUCGACUUCCACCGCGCGUCGUUCAGGCCGCGCGUUCCAGUGGGACGUAACGGGGCGCCGGGGACGUGCGCGUGCUUGCCGUGGACGGGGCCGGUGGAGGUGGAGGUGGACGGGGUGCUGCGGAGCGACUGGGCGCUGCACGUGGCGCACCCGCGGUGCGGGUACGCGAUCAGCGUCGCGCGGGGGCCGCCCACGGAGGCGCGGGACGCGUGGGGGGUGUUUCGGGGGACGUUUCUGCGGCCGGAGCUGUCGCCGGAGGAGCUGGAAGCGCACCUGGGGGCGGAGGAGCCGGCGUUCACGGAGCUACGCGUCGAGGAUCUGCUGCCUGAGGGCGCGGGGAGGCCCGAGCGGCGAAACGACAACAACGUUGGCAUUAUGGACAACCACUAG